AUGACUGCUAACCGGGCCCCCGAGAAGCCAACCACAGGGGUGACGGAGCUCGAGAAUCAUGAGAGCGCACCCAAGCCCAGCGAGAUAGCCCAAGACGCGGCGGCCAAGGGUCAAGCGACUUCUGGCUAUGAACACCUCACCAUCUGGGAGAGCGUUAUCACAUUCCGACACCCCAUCCUUUUUUGCACGCUGGCAGCCUUUAGCGCAGCUGCCGAUGGUUAUCAGAUUGGCAUCAACGCGAGUAUCGUCGCGAACAAAGGCUUCAUCCAGCAGUUUGCCACCAAGACCUCGGACGCUGGCGACAAAUAUCUCGAAUCACCUAUCCUCAGCGGCUGGGGCUCUAUCAUGUCCGUCGGGCAGAUCAUUGGCACGAUAACGAUCCCGUUCAUCUCGCACCGAUUUGGACGAAAGGCGGCAAUGUUGUGGCUUUGGCUCUUCAUCUGCACCAGUGUCCUGGCUGAAUCGCUCGCUCGGGACUGGUCGGUCUGGUUGGUUGCCAAGCUGCUCGCUGGAUACGCCGUCGGAUCCUUGCAGGCCACUCUCCCGCUGUACAUCUCGGAGCUUGCGCCUACUCGCAUUCGAGGUGGCCUCCUCAUGUCCUACCAGCUCUGGUGGGCUCUUGGAGGCUUCUCGGCCCAGAUCGCUCUUAGGACUGUCAACGAGGAGUAUCCUUACAAGUGGCUCGUACCUAUCUAUACCCAGUGGGCUCAUGUCGCCAUCAUGCUCAUCAUUUUUUUUAUCCUUCCUGAAUCGCCCGUGUGGUAUGCCACUCGCGGGUUAGAGGAGAAAUCUAAACGCAUCUUCACCAUGCUUCAUCGAAAUAUAGAAGGCUACGAUGUGGAUCAUCAGUACAACCUUGUUAUCAUGAUGCUUGAGCAUGAGCGAGCCGUUGCAAUUACCCAAGAUCGGGAGCAGUGGUGGUCAAUCUUCCGAGGAACUGAUGGUCUGCGAACUGUCAUCGCCUUCUUGCCGGGCCUUACUCAACAGUUCAUUGGUCUUAAGUUGUUUGGAACAUUUGGUACCUAUUUCUUCCAGCAGGCUGGGGUCGCUCAGCCUUUUACUGUCAAGUGUAUUACAUCAUCCAUCCAGAUUGCUACCGUCCUUAGCAAUAUUGUGCUUGUCGAGAACUUUGGUCGAAGGCCCCUGGCUUGCUGGGCGGCCACUCUGUCAUGGGUUUCCUGCUGUGUUGUUGGAAUACUCGGCGUGACGCCAGAUAACAAAGCCAAAACAUAUGUUUUCGUCUUGUUCGCCUGUUUUUGGAACAUCGGUAUGAUGACUUGCGGCACUGCAGCCUCCGCCUUCAACGGUGAAAUAUCCUCGCAGCGCCUACGACCCUACACUGCGGCUUUCGCCGUCGGUAUCACGUGCGUUGUCGGUGUCAUUAUGGACGUUUUGGUGCCCUACAUGGUGAACUCGCAUCAGUGGAACUGGAGUUUGAAGACUGGUUGGUUUUACGCCGGCCUUGGUCUUCCUGCCAUGGUUGCCAUGUGGCUUCUGAUUCCUGAGACCAAGGGACGCUCUACCGCCGAGCUUGACGAAUUGUUCGAAAGAAAGAUCAAGCCUUGGAGAUUCGUCAAGACUGAGACUGCCACUGAGCGCCUAGUCAGGAACCAGCAGUAG